AGGUUUGCUGCUUACGUGUCGGCGGAGCCCGGCCGGGAUGGGCAGGAAGAGAUGAGCCCGGUAGAUGAGACAAGAUGUGGCUGAGACCGGAGGAGGUCUUGUUAAAGAACGCAUUGAAGCUAUGGGUGACCGAGGAGUCCAACCCUUACUUCGUGCUGCAGAGGAGGAGGGGGUAUGGAGAGGAGGGAGGGGGUCUGACAGGUCUUCUUGUUGGAACACUUGAUGCUGUUUUAGAUUCUACUGCUAAAGUAGCACCAUUCCGGAUUCUUCACCAAACCCCAGACUCGCAGGUGUACUGGUCUAUAGCAUGUGGGGCCAACAAAGAAGACAUUUUAAAACACUGGAAAUGGCUAGAGCUAAAUGUAAUGAAGACUUUGUCAGUAUUUGAUUCAAGUGAUGAUAUAACCAGUUUUGUUCAAGGAAAAAUAAGAGGUCUCAUUGCUGAAGAAGGAAAGGGCUCCUUUGUAAAAGAAGAAGAUCCUGAAAAAUUCAGAGAAGCCCUUAUGAAAUUUGAAAAAUGUUUUGGCUUACCAGACCAGGAGAAAUUGGUGACUUACUACUCGUGCAGUUACUGGAGAGGAAGAGUUCCGUGCCAGGGUUGGCUGUAUCUGAGCACCAACUUUCUUAGUUUUUAUUCUUUCCUGCUGGGUUCUGAGUUAAAACUCAUAAUUUCAUGGGAUGAAAUCUCCAAACUGGAAAAGACUUCCACCGUCCUGCUCACAGAGAGUAUACAUGUGUGCUCGCAUGGAGAAGAUCACUAUUUUUCUAUGUUCAUGCACAUUAACGAGACCUUUCUAUUGAUGGAGCAGUUGGCAAGUUACGCUGUCAGGAGGCUCUUUGACAAGGAGACUUUUGAAAAAGAUCCUGUAUUAAAUGAUCCUUUUCAAAUUACAAAACGAGGCUUGGAGAGCAGAGCACAUAGCGAACAGUACAGCUCCUACUUCCGGUUGCCCAGAGAAGAAUCUCUGAAAGAAGUUCACGAGUGCUUCCUGUGGAUCCCAUUCAGCCACCUUAAUACUCUGGGCAAGAUGUGCAUUUCUGAAAACUACAUUUGCUUUGCGAGCCAUGAUGGCAGCCUUUGCAGUACAAUUAUCCCACUAAGAGAGAUUGUUGGUAUCGAAAGAUCAGCUGCAUCAAUAAGGGCUAUCACCAUUAGCACCAAAGGGAAGAUAAUAUUCCGCUUUACUGAUGUCCGAGAUUUUGAAUCACUGGUGACAAGAUUGCGAGCAAAAUGUCCUGUGACAAGUCCUCAGCAUACCACGUACACUGAGGCUGCUUAUAUAGAUAGUUCAUCAGAUUUCCUUGAAGAACACCCUAUGGCAGCCCAGAAAGGCACCAGCAAAACAGUCAGCACAGAAGCUUUAAUGACUGUAUUCCACCCGCAAGAUGCUGAAAAUCUGGACCCUAAAAUGUUAAAAGAAAAAAUGAAGGAACAAUCAUGGAAUAUCCUGUUUACUGAAUGUGGACGUGGUGUCAGCAUGUUUCGAACAAAACGGACUCGAAGCUUAGUAUUGAGAGGCAUUCCGGAGACACUAAGAGGAGAACUUUGGUUACUUUUCUCAGGUGCUGUGAACGAUAUGGCAGCGAAUCCUGGUUACUACACAGAAGUAGUGGAGAAGUCUUUUGGAACGUGCACAUUGGCAACCGAUGAGAUUGAGCGGGAUUUGCGUAGAUCAUUGCCAGAGCAUCCCGCUUUCCAGAGUGACACCGGGAUUUCGGCACUGAGGAGAGUACUGACUGCGUAUGCGUACAGGAAUCCCAAGAUUGGAUAUUGUCAGGCAAUGAACAUACUGACUUCCGUUUUGCUUCUUUAUGCCAAAGAAGAGGAAGCAUUUUGGCUCCUGGUUGCUGUCUGUGAAAGAAUGCUUCCUGAUUACUUCAACCGAAGAAUCAUAGGUGCCCUGGUAGAUCAGGCAGUAUUUGAGGAACUCAUCAAAGUUUAUUUGCCUCAGCUGACUGAUCAUAUGAUGGACAUGACUUUCUUCUCCUCGGUCUCCCUUUCUUGGUUUCUGACACUCUUUAUUAGUGUCCUGCCUAUUGAAAGUGCUGUCAAUGUUGUUGACUGCUUCUUCUAUGAUGGGAUCAAAGCAAUCCUUCAGUUAGGACUGGCUGUUCUGGAAUUCAAUAUCGAGAAACUUCUGGUUUGUAAAGACGACGCAGAGGCCGUCACUAUUCUCAACAGGUUCUUUGAAAACGUCAUUAACAAGGACAGCCCGUUGCCAUCAGCAGUACAGCAAGCAUCAGCUCACACCAACAGAAAUCUGAACAGCACUAAAGUGGAAAUUACAGAUUUAAUCAAGGAGUCAAAUGAGAAAUUUGGGGCCAUUCGAUAUGAGGAUGUUGAAAGUAUGCGCCGAAGAAACAGGCUAUAUGUUAUCCAAACUUUAGAAACAACGACUAAACAAAAUGUGCUUCGGGUUGUGUUGCAGGAUGUAAAAUUCAACGCUGCUGAUCUGGAAGAGCUUUUUUAUUUAUUUAAGAGAGAACACUUUUUAUCUUGUUACUGGAGCUUGAACAGCAGCACCCUUAGUCAUCACGACUCAAGUUUACCCUACUUAGAACAAUACCAUAUAGACUGCCAGCAAUUCCGCACUCUUUACCAUCUGCUAAGCCCCUGGGCAUAUUCUCCAAGUGUGGACUCUCUUGCUCUGUGGACUUUUCGUUUAAUGGAUGAAAACUCUGAUGGUCUCAUCAAUUUUAAAGAAUUUGUUUUUGCAUUUGAUGUUAUGUUCAAUGGAAGUUUCACAGACAGACUGAAAUUACUCUUUAAAAUGCAUAUACCUCCAGCUUUUACUGAAGUGGGAACAUUAAGUCCAUCAGAAGAAGCUAAACUUUCCAAGGAAGAUUUAAUGCAUUUCAGCAAUCUCAAUGUAACCUCCCCUACAGAAAAUCCAAAUUCUGAAGACAAAACCAAGAGUCCUGAGAAAGGCAGAGUGAAGAUUGAUAUCCAGGCUUAUCUCAAGCAAUGGCAAGAUGAACUAGUGCGUAAAGAAGAAAGUAUCAAGAAUUUACCGAGAAUGAAUCAGAGCCAGUUUAUCCACUUUUCAAAGACCCUAUACAACUUAUUCCAUGGAGAUCCCGAAGAAGAGCUUCUGUAUCGGUCCAUUGCUGCUGUAACUAGCCUCCUUCUUCGGAUGGAGGAAGUUGGGAGAAGACUGCAGAAUCCUGCUUCACCUACCAAGAUUCCAACAGAGGAGACAUGCUCUGCAUCUAUAGAUAAGACUCCGGGCAAAGACUCUGAUCCUCAGGCUGAAAAUAUAAUACCACAACCUUCCAAAGAAAGCACUGAAUGGUCUUUCGCCUUUGAACAGAUCCUUGCAUCAUUACUGAACGAACCUCCCCUUGUGAGAUUUUUUGAGAAAUCAAUAGAUUUGAAAGCAAAGCUCGAAUAUGCCAGGGUUUCACAAAUGAAUGCUAGCAAGAGAGUAUAAACACAAUUUCCUCCCGUGCAACCACAAUUUUACAGACUAUUUGUUAAAUCUCAUGUUGCGUUUCACAAAUCAUCAUGAGAUUUAAAGCGAGCAAUCCACUCUUACCGCAGUUCUUUUUAAACAUUUGUUACACACUCUCAUUAUGCAUACUGGCAUAGGCUUUUAUUGUUACAAGUUCAUUUCUUCCAGGGAGACUAAAUCACUUUUCAUCUCCGUCUUGUUCCAAGAGAAGUAGGCAGUAAUACGCAGUAGCAGGGUAAGGUGUUCUAAAAGAAUCCAGGUUUUAUGUCAAAAGACAGGAGGAGUUCAAACACUUACUUUAUUCCGUGGAGAAUUCGAAAUAGCUUUUCAUAAAAGAAAAAUGCAGUAUAAUCUCUCCAGCUUUCAGUUGCUUAAUUGUUCUUUCCAUUGUUCAACCAUUGUUUAUAAAUGCAGUUUUUGGUACAAUACGUUUCUAUGUAAUGCGUUGUUUGCAAACAAACCAUCUGUUUUCAAACCACCUGCAGCAGAGGGAUAUUAAAUACCGAAUUUCUUAGAGGCACCCCC